UGUUGUUCCUCCCCGCGCUUCACCUUGCAGCGAGCUGUUCCCAAGCGCCACAACCUCCCAACAACUUCGCACUGCCCACAACCUCACCUGCAACUGCCAGCGAGUCCCUUCUCUUUUUUGGUAACUCGACUUGAUUGUUUUGACGAUCUCGCGAUUGGAUAGCGAGCAAAUUGUGGGAGCCGUUUGGCGAGCCGAGAUUCUGGAGCGGUUUGGCAAUGGCUUCUUCCAAGGAAAUGCAACAAACCUCGCGGCCACUGACGCACCGGCCGUCGAUCUCUUCCACCUCCGUCCCCGGCGGACUCACCCUCAGCCGACAAACCCACUCGCGAAAUAACUCGCAUUCGCUUCUCGGCGCCGCCCUCAAUGGCUCGCACCGCAUUACACGCCGCAAGAGCAUGACCAAUACGGGUGCCAACGUGGCAGCGGUGGCAGCGGCAGCGGCAGCCCUCCAAGAGUCCGGCGACAUGGCCAUGCCGCUCCCCAUCGCCGUCAAUGGCCGUCGGAACACCAUGUCCAAGAGCGGCCUGUCGCGGUCGGCGAUUGUGGGAAGCCUGCCUUCCCCGCCGGCCAGCCUCCCGACUCACAGAUUUGCGGCGGAAAGUGGAACGGUCGGCAUCCAGGAGAGCGCAAUCGACGACGAGCUGAACGAUAUGUCUGGCGACGACGGCGCGUCCGCGUUCCGGAAGGCCCGCGUGAGGAGAGCCAGCGAUGGCCAGCCACUGACCAAGGAAGGCGGCCGGAAGAGCAACCGCCCGGAGCUUCGCUGCGAGAAGUGCGGGAAGGGAUACAAGCAUAGCAGCUGCUUGAACAAGCAUUUGUGGGAGCACACUCCCGAAUGGUCCUACACAUCCAAGCUCUUGAUCUCCAAGCACCAGCAGGUCCAACUCCUGGAGGCUGCCUCAGUCCUGGUUGCCAUGAACAAUGCAAGCAACAAUCACACCCCGACGACCACGGCCGCUGCUGCCACUGCCGUCACUACGACGCCUCCGGACUCCGCUCGAGACUUCAGCAGUGAGCGGGAUUCGGCAUCACCCGCGGCCAGCGGAUAUUCGGACCAACAGGAUCGUGGGUCAGCCGACACGACGCCGCCACCGCAGCUGGACGCCACCCACCCCGCCAACAGCUCGUACAGGAGCUUCGGCAAGAGGUCCAGCAGCGGGAACGGGCUCUCCCGUUCGUACCAGACGGCGCCCUAUGCCAGCUCAGCCGCCGGCAGCAUCCCGAGCGUCUCUGGUUUCGGGCAUUUCCGGCAGCUCAGCCAUGACCAGCGGCCGACGUCGUCCGGCAGGAACGCGACGGGACAGGACGACCGCGAGCUGGCGGCAGCUGUGGAGCUGCUCAGCUGCAGCUUUGGCAGCAACAGCGGCUCCCGAACGGUCCAUCUCCCGGCGGAUGCGCCGCCCGUUCCGCCGCUCCCCGCGCAAUACCUCGACCAGGGGAUCCUAUCCGGCACGAGCUUCAUCAACAGCUACCCUAGCAGGGCGCCCGAGAGCUUCACGCGCGGCGAGAGGCGGCAGGUCGAAACCAAGAUGGAGGAGAGUGGCGAGAGCGUCAUGGGCGACGACGACGAGGACAUGCGGUCCCGGGCGCGAAGCGACGAGGAUGACGACGGCGUUUUCGGGAGGAUGGAGGAAUGAGCGCUCGGCACGACCGGAUCUGCUUCUUUCCCGAGCCGAGAGGGAAAGCUAUUGCCCACUCAAGUUAUGGAUUGCUUGGAUUUGAUGAUAUGGAUAUGGGAUAUGACGGACGCGGUUUCUUUGUAUACCUAUUUGUAAAGCGUGUAAAUGAGUGUCGCUCCGCCGACGGCCCUUGGCACCGAAGAGUGGAGAACG